AUGGCUGCUCUUCCUUUCGAGCUGGAGCAAGGCAUUUUCGAAAACGCUGCCAACAGUGAUCGUCGGUCGGCCUUGAGCCUGGUCUUGGUGGCUCGGCGGGUACAGUUCUGGGUAGAACCUGUGGUUUACAAGUGCGUUGCACUGAAAUACGGAGGUAGUGAAUCAGCAAGAGUCCUCGAGGGAUUUAUUUCUGCCCUCAAGACCAGGCCCGCCUCGUUUUUUGCUAGAUAUGUCAAGACGCUUCUCCUCUCUGACAUUCCUGCAUGUUACAUGAUGGAGAUUCUUGCAGUCUGCACUGGCCUUACAGAUCUUAGAAUCUGGCCACACACGCCGUCACCCGUCACGCACUUUGUAGUUACCAGCUCCAUCCGCCCCACUCAUCUGUCUUUUUCUGCCGAGCACCUUGCAGCCCGUGGUCGCGGUCCCAACUUUGCCCUCCCAUUUUACCAAGAACUUACGCAUAUGGAAUUACAUGAUACCUGGGGGCAGUUAAUGACCUGGGCACCAAACUUUGCAAUGCUCCCGCAUCUGACACACCUCGCUCUGGUGUUUGGUUCCCCAUUCUCGUGCGGCUCUGUAGCUAGCUAUGGCCUAAACGCCAUAUUGGCGAAUUGCAGCAAGCUGAAGGUCUGCGUGCUUCGUUGCAUGCUCAGUGAGGAUGAACUUCGGUUUGGGCAGGAUGCUGUGAUUGCCAAUUCCAUCGUAGAUCCCCGCGUCGUGGUCGUGGGUUGGCACCGUUCACGGGCGAGGUGGGCGGAUGGUUUAUGGAACGAGAAGACAGAUUUGUGGAACAAAGCUGAGGGUCUUCAUCGCCACACGAUGAUGUGAAGAGGUCAAAAUCAGUCUUCGGGAUAAUCAUUUUCGUCCUGCAGUAGUAUAGGACGAAGAUGCCAGUGGACACCGUCAUCUAUGCG